AUGGGCCUAUAUCUACUCGACUAUGGUGCAGGCAAUGUACAAAGUCUGGCCAACACUCUCGCAAAGCUCGGGCACACCUUCACCUGGAUCUCCUCGCCCGAUGACUUUGACAAGGCCACGUCACUUAUCUUCCCCGGUGUCGGCGCCUUCCAAACCGCAAUCGAUCAUUUGAACGCACGCGGCUUAUUAGAACCCUUGCGUGCCUACAUCGCUUCCGGUCGCCCGUACUUUGGUAUCUGUAUCGGCAUGCAAGUCCUCUUCCAGUCCUCACUCGAAGCCGGAGCUUCCGUGAAAGGACUCGGGGUCGUCCCGCAAGCCAUAGGCCGCUUCGAUAAUGCCGAUAAAGCUGUACCGCACAUGGGAUGGAACGCGCUCAAUUUGCUUGACGAACAUCAACCGGCGGAAGGCAUCACCCCGGGCUCGCACUUUUACUUUGUACAUUCUUUCCGUGCGGCUUACGAGCCUGAAGCAAACCCAGAGGCGGCGUGCUUUACGCACAGUGUGACCCAGUAUGGGCAGGAGGUGUUCGUAGCGUCUGUCCGCAAGGGCAACGUAUUUGGAUGUCAAUUCCACCCCGAAAAGUCCGGCGCGGCGGGCCUGCGAAUGCUCGCGGCUUGGCUCGCAGAACCCGAGUUUGCGCGCGCCAACGCACUACCCAAUGUCCGUGGAUCUUAUACACCCAGAGCCACGCAUGGCUUCACACGCAGAAUUGUAGCGUGUAUGGACGUCCGCGCGAAUGACCAGGGAGAUCUUGUCGUGACAAAAGGCGAUCAGUACGACGUACGCGAGAAAGCGCCCACAUCAUCACUACAAACAAACGCCGCUGGAGCCGUUCGCAACCUCGGGAAGCCAGUGGCGCUUGCAGCGCGAUAUUAUGCCGCGGGCGCCGACGAACUCGCUCUGCUCAAUAUCACCUCCUUCCGUCACUCGCCUCUGCGCGACCAACCCAUGCUCUCCGUCGUCCGCGCUGCUGCAGAGACGGUAUACGUCCCGCUCACGAUCGGCGGUGGGAUCAAGGAUACCGUAGACCCGGAUGGCACACCGCAACCUGCGCUCGAAGUCGCAGGUGCGUACUUCCGCGCCGGAGCGGACAAAGUCAGCAUCGGAUCGGAGGCGGUGUAUGCUGUUGAGCGACUGAGGGGGAAGGGAAUGGGCGAUGGGACGAGCGCGAUUGAGCAAAUUGCCAGGGUAUAUGGGAGGCAGGCCGUUGUCGUCAGCGUGGACCCGAAGCGCGUAUAUGUCGGCUUGGACUAUGAUGGACCACGCAUGGAGGAGAUCGUGCGCGGAGAGGGCGCGGACGACGGCAAGGCGUGGUGGUAUCAAUGCACAGUAGCCGGAGGACGCGAAGCUCGCGAUGUCUCAGUGCUCGAACUCGCGCGGGGGAUCGAGGUUCUGGGUGCAGGCGAGAUCCUGCUCAACAGCAUAGACCGCGAUGGCACAGGAGCUGGCUUUGAUCUCGCGUUGGUCAAGCUCGUGAAAAACGCAGUUCGCAUCCCUGUUGUAGCAAGCUCUGGCGCGGGCAAACCACAGCAUUUCGUCGACGUCUUCCAAAAGACAGGCGUCGAAGCCGCACUGGCAGCUGGAAUCUUCCAUCGCGAAGAAGUUAAAAUUGAGGACGUCAAGCGCGCGAUGGUAGACGCUGGACUGAACACGCGCGUAGACAUUGGUUGA